AUGGCUCCGGGAGCAUCCAAGAACCCGAAACCCCCAAAGCGCAACCUGCUAGAUGACAGCGAUUCCGAUUCCGACGAUGGGGGUGCUCAAUUGGGCAAAGCCGACUUCAAAGUAAAUGAAGAGUAUGCUCGCCGCUUCGAAUACAACAAAAAGCGCGAAGAGAGGCAAAAAUUGGAGGAAAAGUUCAAAGCCGAUGGGAAGGGCCGUGGCGACGACCAAGAUGGAGACGAAUCGUCAUCCUCAAAUGAGACCGAAGACGAAGACGGCUUUCUAGCGACCGAAGAUUUAGAUGCCCAGAUCUCGGCUACUCUCAGUGCUAUCCGCAACAAGGACCCUCGACUGUACGACAAAGACUACAAGUUCAUCAACCUCCCGGAUGAUGAAGCAGCAGGACAAAGGGAAAAGAAAGAGAAGCCCGUCUUUCUUCAGGACUAUCACAGGGAGAAGCUUCUGCGUGGCGAUGUAGGUGCCUCGGACGACGAAGAGGACACCGCUCCGCAAACCUACAACGAAGAGCAAGACGCCUUGAGGAAGAGUUUCGUUUCAGAGUUUAACAUGGCCGGCGCCGCCGACGACUCUGACGACUCCGAUGACGAUGGCUUCAUGAAGAAAAAGACACCAGCCAAGCCAGGGAAGACGGAGAGCGGGGUGAAUCCUGCACGAGCUGCCAUCAUCAAAGUUUCUGAGCUAGACGUAACGAAUGCUGAAAAAGACCCUGAAACCUACCUCUCCAACUUCAUGUCUGCUAGAGCCUGGAUUCCAGAGGAAGGUGGAAAGUGGAAAGCCUUUGAAUCAGACGAAGGCGAAGACGAUGCCGAUCGCGCCGACGAAUUCGAGCAGGCUUACAACCUGCGAUUUGAGAAUCCGGAAAAGAGCAACGAAGUUUUGCAAUCCUACGCCCGUGACUUUGCCGCUGCUCGAUCUGUGAGAAGAGAGGAAAAGUCCGGCAGAGCGCGUCAAAGAGAACUGGAAAAGCAGAAGAAAGAGGAGGAAAAGCGACAAAGGCGGGAAGACAAGGCUCGUCUACGAAAGCUCAAGCUCGAAGAAACGGAGGAGAAGCUUCGCAAGGUGAAGCAAGCAGCUGGUUCCGUUGGCAAGGAGUUGACUGAAAAGGAGUGGAUGACGUUCCUUGACGACGCUUGGGAAAAUGACAAAUGGGAGGAGGAAAUGCAGAAGCGAUUUGGCGAUGAGUACUACGCCAUGGAUGAUGAUGCUGUUGUGGGAUCCGAUGAAGAUGGCGAGGAAUCCAAGAAGAAGAAAAAGAACCCCAAGAAACCCAAGUGGGAUGACGACAUUGACAUCAAGGAUCUCAUCCCAGACUUUGAAGACGAGGAACAAGCCAAGCCCGGCAUCAGCCUCAGCGACGAAGAGGACGAAAAUCAAGACGAGGAUGCCCCUCCUUCCAAGAAGCGAAAGACAUCAGAGCACAAACGCGCACGUCUCGAAUCUCAAAGGGAAGCCCGCAAGCAGCGUUCCAAGCUCGAAGCCCUCGUCGACGCCAAGCUCGAGCUCACCAACCACGACCUCCUCAACUCCAACUCAGGAGCAGGUUUCCGAUACCGCGAGACCUCGCCCCAGUCUUUCGGCCUAACAGCCCGUGAUAUCCUCCUCGCCCCCUCGGACAAGGACCUCAAUGAAUUUUUCGGCCUCAAGAAACUCGCAUCCUUCAGGGAUCCCGACAAAAAGCGUCGCGAUAAGAAGCGCCUUGGAAAGAAGGCCCGUCUUAGGGAGUGGCGAAGAGGCACGUUCGGAAGGGAAUUUGAACAGGAAGGCCCGACUUAUGGGUUUGAGAGACUCAUGGACGAGGAUGUCCUUAUGAAGGAGGCGCCGGAGAAGGCUCCCAAAGACGAGUCCAAUGUAUUGGGCGAUGUUGGCGGCAGAAAAAAGAAGAGAAAGAGGUCAAAGGGUAAGAGCAAGAGUGUUGCUGUCGAAGCAGAGUAG